AAACUCUUAUCUAUAUAUCUCUUACCUUUGUGAAACAAAGAAAGCAUAAAAAAUAGACCUUCCCCUGAAUGCUCAUCUUCUUUACUUUUUAAAACCAACCAGCCACCGUUGACGAUGAACAACGACGACGACCACAGAGCGAUGAAAAAAAUGCUUCAGAUCAAGAACUGAACGAGAAGCCAGCCACCACCAGUAGCCACCAACUGAACGAUGACUCCAAGAAGCUUUUGAUCUGGCCACUCAAGCUUCAAAUCUCAUCUAAAAGAUAUAAUUAGCUGAGGGAAGACAAAUUUAACAAAAUGACUGACGCUGUUCUUGGUUUUGUGUUGGAGAAGUUGGAAAAUUUGAUCAUCCAUGAAGCAAAUUUGUUCCAUAGAGUCAAGGAUGAUGUUAAUUUGCUUCAAGAUGAUCUUCGCAUUAUGAAUGCCUUUCUCAGAGAUUCUGAAGGGAAAGGUGACGGUCAGGACAUGGUGAAGGAGCUAAUCGGCCAAAUCAGAGAAGCUGCUUUUGAGGCUGAAGAUGUCAUAAACACAUACAUGGCUCAAGUUAUAAAGCAACGGAUGAGGAACCUGCUGCAGAAAUCGCUCCAUUACUUUGAUCAAGCAGUCGUGCUUCACCAGGUUGCAGAGAAAACCCAGAGCGUCAAGAGAAGGAUUGAUAAUAUUUAUGCCAAUAAAACAAAAUUUGGCAUAGAAGCUCAAUCUCAUGUAGAUGAAGAAACAGAGCUAUCACUCCAGGAGCGUCGGAGAAAUGUUGAGGAAGAAGAUGUGGUGGGCUUUGGCAAUGACACAGCAAAAUUGGUUGAUCAGCUUCUCGAUCAAGGCAGAGUACAACGCGAGGUAAUUUCAAUCAUUGGCAUGGGUGGUUUAGGAAAGACCACACUUGCCCGAAAAAUUUACAACAACACUCAUAUCAAGAAUCAUUUUGAUUACUGUGCAUGGGUUAAUGUAUCUCAAGAAUACAAAACCAGAAUGUUGAUUCUUGAUAUGUUGAAGUGUGUUGGGCCAAUAGCAGACGAAACAUAUAAAAAGUCUGAUGAACAACUUAAAGACACACUGCAUGACAACUUGAAAGGAAAGAGAUAUUUUGUCGUCAUGGACGACGUGUGGAAGCUUGAAUUUUGGGAUGAGAUAAGAGCAUAUUUUCCCAACGAAUCAAAUGGAAGCAGAAUAUUAAUCACUAGUCGGGAAAAAGAAGUUGCCUCUCAUGCUAGCUCAACUCCUUAUUUUUUACCAUUUCUUGAUAAAGAAACGAGUUGGGAACUCUUAUGCAAGAAGGUGUUUCGAGGAGAAAAAUGUCCUUCAAAUUUGGAAAGUCUCGGGCGGCAACUUGCUGAAAGUUGUAAAGGCUUACCACUUUCUGUUGUGGUAUUGGGAGGUAUUCUGGCAAACAAAGAGAAGACACACCAAACAUGGUCCGAUUUUGUUGGCAAUGUCAAUUGGUUCCUCAUCGACGAGGACAAAAAGCGCUGUGCAGAUAUUCUUGCUCUCAGCUACAACCACUUGCCACGUAAAUUGAGAGUAUGUUUCCUAUAUGUCGGUAUCUUCCCUGAAGAUUAUUUAAUCUCUGCAAGGACACUGACUCAGUUGUGGGUGGCUGAAGGAUUCAUAUCUGUUCAAAAUGACAGCACAAAAAUGGAUGAAAUUAAGAUUGCAGAACAGUACUUGGAAGGGCUCAUCGAUCGAAGUUUGAUCCAGGUAGCAAGUAAGAGAAGCGACGGAGGUGUGAAGACAUGUCGUAUCCAUGAUCUCCUAAGAGAUUUCUGCAUAAAGAUGAGUAUUCAAGAGAAAUUCUAUGAGGUUCGGGUGAAUGAGCUAAGUUUAUCAAAUAGCAACCCUCGGAGACUUUCCAUACAAGGGUCAAUUGAUGAGGGCUUGCCGAAAGAGAUAUGGAUCAUGAAGCAAUUAAGGCAUCUCUAUGCAGGACAAGGAUUAAAAUUGCCCCAGCCACCUUCAAAAGGUGGUCACACUUUAAGCAACCUCCAAGUCCUUUCCUGUGUAGAGGUUGAUGAGAAAACUGUCAUUCUCUUUCGAAAAUCUUUGUUCCCAAAUUUGAGAAAACUGCAUUUAAGUUCGCAUCUAUGCUGGAUUGAUCAAUCUAUGGUGUCCGAAAUAUUGGCAAGUCUCAAGUCGUUGCAACACCUACAAAUCUUGAAAUUGAGUUGGUUGACAAUUGGGCAACGGUUGGAUUUGUUCUCACUAUCAUCAUCAUCAAAACUCACCAAGGUUACAGUUCUAAAUUGCAACAGGGUGGACCUGAUAAGUCUUGGGAAACUUGUCAGCUUACGGAUCCUAAAAAUUAGAGAAUGUGAUAUGUCGUCUCGGCAGCUACAUUUCAUGGCUGGUGAAUUUCCGCAGUUGGAAGUCUUUAAAAUGAUUGGUUUAAGAGAUAUUGAAACGUGGGAACUCGAUACACAUGCAAUGCCCAACCUUCAGCAUUUGGCCAUUGAAGAAUGUCAGAAUUUGAGAAAUCUUCCAGAUGAACUCUGGAGCUUGGCUAACCUCAGAAAGGUAGAGUUAUCGGAAAUCCCACAAAAUUUGAAGGAGAAACUCAUGACCAAGCAAUCAAAGAUGAAAGAGGACGGAUAUUCUUGCAAACUCAUCAUUCAUUGAAAUUGAUCCGUCAUCAUCAUAUUCAUGGUUAUUGAUGCGGUAAUUGCCCCGAUUGGUGGAGUACCGACGAUUUUCUCCACUUGGUGGCAUUUUGGCUGUUGUUUAAGUAAUUCUUACUCUAACUUUUCUUCAAUGCUGUCCCUUUCUUUUUUUUCUUUUUUUUUUUUCUAAAAUAAAUGUUUGUUUUAUAAUAAUUACCGUCUUGUUAUCUGGUAAUUUGUAUUAUGUCUGAUAUAUAUGGUUGUUUUUAUGGAAUGAAAAUAGAAUUUUUCUCUUUU